AUUUUGUGCCUGUAGUUACUGAGAAGGAAAUGUUCAGCUCUUUGAUUUGGAUGUUCGUCCUGCUCUGCAGCUCUGUAGCAGAUGAAAACUCUAUCAGAGAUGCUGACAUUUUUCCUUCAUCUGCUGAAAUUAAAAGAGGAUCCUCCCUGAAACGAUUUUGUAUUCUUGGAAAACACCACAUGCCUCACAGAAAUGCAAGCCACAUCAUCUGGAAAUUGAAUGAUGAACUGAUUGCUCCAGAGAAUUAUAACAUUGUGAAUGAGACUGUAUCUAGUAUAACCAUCCCUAAUUUCACCUACAGCACAGCUUAUCUGAAAUGUUUCAUGAAGUACUUGGACAAGGAACAGCUUCUGGUUCACAAAGAAGUUAAAUCUGGCUUUCCUCCAGACACUCCGGGAAAUAUUUCCUGCAUUUAUUACUUUGAUGAUAACCUUACCUGUACCUGGAAUUCAGGAAGAAAAACAAGUUUUACAAGAAACUAUACUCUUUACCGAAAACUGGCGACUAAUCCAAAUACUAUAGUCAGCUCCUGCCAGAGUAAAACAGAGUCAUGUUCAUUUCUAUAUCCAGAUACUCCGUAUAGUAGUGCUUUUUGUUUUCAGGUGAAAGCUGAAAAUGUUUUGGGUGAAGCCUUAUCGAAGUGUGUUCCUAUAGAUAUGGGAAAAAUAGAGAAAUUUGACCCUCCUGAAAUACUUUUAGUUAAAACAAUCAGCGAUAUAAAGCAGUUACUUACAGUAACCUGGAAAAUGCCUGAGAAGAUUGUCCCUUCAAAAGAUUUAACUUGCCAGGUUCAAUACAGAAACUUGUAUUCAAACUCUACAAAAUAUGUCACUGUCCCACUGAAUUCUGCAGAGAAAACAGGAUCAUGUAAUCUCACAGGUCUGUGGGACUCCACAGAAUAUUCUGUUGCUGUUCGGUGUAUCAGUAAUGAAUCAAUAUUUUGGAGUGAAUGGAGUGGAGAGAAAAGUGGAAGCACGAAAGAGAAAGCUCCUUCAGAAAAAGUGGAUUUGUGGAGGGUAAUUGAGUCUUCACACUCACCUGGAAGUAGAUCUGUACAUCUUAUGUGGAAGCCAUUAAAUAGCUUUCCACCUUCUGGGAGAAUUCUAGGCUACAAAAUACAGUAUUUUCCAGAAAACAAGACUGCACUUAAAAUGAUAAACAACUCUACUGACAAGAAAAUCACUUUACUUUUAAAUGAAGAGGCACAUAUAGUAUCUGUUACUGCCUAUAACUCUGCUGGAAAUUCUCCUGAAGCUAUUUUGAGGAUUCCAUCCGCAGACGAAAAAACUGCUCAGAUUACUGGAACAGCGAGGACCUUACCAUCAAAUGAAGAAGUGGUUGUGGAAUGGGUAGUCUCUAAACCAGAAGCAACAGAAUAUGUAGUUGAGUGGUUUGAGGAAUUGGAGAUGGAUCCUUUUAGUAGAUCGUGGCAAUAUGUGUCGAAUUCUACAAACUGGAAAACUAACAAAAAAAACUUUAAACCAUUUGUAUGCUAUAACAUCUCGGUCUAUCCUCUUUAUGGAAAUAAAGUAGCAGCUCCAUACACCGUACAAACUUAUGUUCAACAAAAAAAACCAUCAGAAGGACCUGUGGCUCACACAGGCAUUCCAGGAAAAAAUGAAGUUACAGUAACAUGGAAUAAGAUUUCAAAGGAUAAAAGCAACGGAUUUAUCACUAACUAUACAAUAUUUUAUAAACCUGAAGAUGGAAAAGAAUUGAAUGAAACAGUGAACUCUAAUGAUCAACAAUACAGACUGAAGUCCUUGCAGGCUAAUACACAGUAUACUGUCUAUAUCAUGGCAAACAAUGAAGCUGGUGGAACCACCGGAGAGCCAAAGACCUUCAAAACUUUGAAACUGGAUAAAGAAGAUAUUAUUUUAAUUGCUCUACUUGUUGGAAUAAGCGUGUUCUGUCUGUUAGGCCUUUGGGUAACAUGCGUUUUGAAAAAACAUGUGUUUAAGAAGGUUUGCUGGCCUGAUAUACCAAAUCCUGCAGAGAGCAUUGCAGUGGAAUGGCCUCUUGCUACUUCUAUGAAUAAUUCACUUUUGAAGAAGUUGGCAUCUGAGGCUAAAACUGUAGACUUUGAAGACAUAAAUGUUUUGGAAUAUUGUUUUCCUGAAGAAAACCAUGUUUCUGAAUGUAUUGAUAUUAAUGCAGAAGACAUGAUCAAUGGAGAUAAAAAGAUACUGCAUAAACAAGAAAAUGAUGUUGCUAAAUGUUUUUUGCCAUCCAUGCCUUAUGUGAUCACUGAUCAAUUUACCAGAAGCCAAAUGAAGUCAACUUUGAUACUAGUGAAGGAAAUCCAACCCAUGGAAAUGCUGGCAGAUGAUUUGUGUGGAUCCCAACAGAAUUCAAUCAAAAAUGAAGAAAAUGAUGAUGAAGUUUUAAAGGUGGAAGAUUUCAAUGAAAAAACACUGUUCAAUCCAUACCUUAAAAAUUCUGUUAAAACAAGGGAAUUUCUUAUUUCUGAGAGCUUGCCAGAGCACAAUAUGGAUGAACACAAAAGCCAGUCAAGUGUCUUACCUCCUUUUCAACAAGAUGUUGCAGGACAACCCUACAUAACACUGGACAUGUUCGAGCCGGCCACUGCUCAGUAGCGUGGGAAGAUUUUCCGUUGUAAAAUCCCCCUGUGAAAAAACUCUUGGCACUGCUGCUCAUGUGCAUUCCUAUGUUUUAACCUGUCUGGUCUCAGUUAAUUUGGAUGGAAACACCCUCUUCCUUCAAACAGCUGUGAAGUUGUUCUUUGCACCGUGUUUAUAUGUGUCAGGGUUCACUUCUGGGGUUUUUUCGUUUGGCUUUUUUUGUGGUUUUUUUUGUUGU